AUGGCACCUAUCUCCUCGGCUCAGCUGGCCAUCAUCAAGGCCACCGUACCCGUUCUCCAGUCGCACGGCGAGUCCAUCACGACGACCAUGUACAACAACAUGAUCAAGUCGCACCCAGCCAUGAAGGACAUCUUCAGCCACACCUCCCAGAUCACAGGCGCCCAGCCGCGCGCCCUGGCUCGAGCAGUCCUAGCCUACGCCACGUACAUCGACGACCUUCCCAAACUGACGCAUGCCAUCGAGCGUAUAGCCCAGAAGCACGCAAGCCUCUUCAUCCAGCCAGGACAGUAUGACAUUGUGGGCGGGCACCUCAUCGGGGCCAUCCAAGAGGUCCUCGGCGAUGCCAUCGCCACCCCUGCGGUCGUCGACGCGUGGACGGCUGCGUACGGCAUCUUGGCGCAGGUCUUUAUCGGGCGCGAGCAGCAGCUGUACGCGGCAGACGGGAACUGGACAGGGUGGCGAAAAUUCCGCAUCGCCAGGAAGGUGGUCGAGGCAGAGGACAUCGCAAGCUUCUACCUCGAGCCCGUCGACGGCGUGGCCCCUCUGCCGACCUUUCUGCCGGGCCAGUACAUCAGCCUGCAGGUCCCCGUACCGCAGCUAGGUCAUCUGCAGAGCAGGCAGUUCAGUCUGAGCCACUGGACCGCAGGCGGAGGGCGUCAGUACCGAGUGACUGUGAAGAGAGAGAAAGAGCGCUGUGGUAGUGGUAGUGGUGAUAAGUCGUCGGUGGUCGGGCUGGUGUCGAACCUGCUGCACGAAAGUUAUGCAGAGGGUGACACGGUGGACUUGUCUCACCCACAUGGGGAAUUCUUCCUCGACCCGUCGGAUGCCUCCAAAGCAGGGGCACCAGUCAUCCUCAUAUCGGCAGGCGUCGGCGCCACCCCCUUACUGUCCAUACUGCACGCCCUGCACGCUCAGCAGCCGUCGGCAGUAGUGGAGAGGCCAGUCUCAUGGGUUCACACGUCCCGGUCCUCAGCUGCACAGCCGUUUGCAGAGGAGGUCGCCUCUGUCCUACAGAAGAUGGAGGGGCGAGCCGUGACGCACGUGCAUCUGAGACAGGGGCUGAGCGACGACAACGGUCACAACUCCAAAAUGCCCAGAUUAGACGUAUCGACGCUGGACAGGGAGGCCACGUUGUUCUUGCAGGAUCGCAGGGCGGAAUAUUACGUCUGCGGGCCGGAGAGUUUCAUGUUGGACACGCGGAAGAAGUUGGUGGAAAUGGGUGUGGACAAGGAGAGAGUGUUCCUCGAGUUAUUCGCCACAGGCGAUGUGGAAGAUGACUAG